GGGAGAGUUUAGGAGAAGACUGGUUGUUGUUCUCGCGCUAUCGCCAUGGCGUUCCCAUCGUGUCGCCAUCUGCUGCUAGGGUUCCUCGCUCUCUCUCUUGGCCGCCAUCGUCUCCAUGCUCUACCAAACGCCGGGCCUGGCACGAACCAUUCCGUGGCGGCUGCUGGGCGCUUGCAGCACACCCACACAGCCGCCACAACAGCCGCAGCAGCAGCAGCGGACCAACACCCUCAUCCUGUCCAGCUGGCGCUCUGGCUCGUCCUUCCUGGGCCAGGUGUUCAACCAGCACCCCGAAGUCUUCUACCUGAUGGAGCCCUUGAAGCACGUGUGGACCGCCGUGCCAACGAGCGGCGAGCGGGCGCUGCGGGGUGCCACGCGCGACCUCCUGCGCUCGCUGUGCGCCUGCGACGAGACUGUGCUGGAGUUUUACAUCGCUCCGCCUCGCCGACUCGGCUCCCUCUUCCUCUUCCACCACAGCGCGGCUCUCUGUCGGCUCCCUGCGUGCUCCGCCGCCACCGCGGCCAACGCGAGCGGUGCCCACGGGUGCCAGCAGCGGUGCAGCGCCGCGCCCUUCGCGGGGAUCGGCCGCGCGUGCGAGCGGAGCCGCCACGCCGUCGUUAAGAGCGUGCGGCUCUUCGACGCGCGCGCCCUGCGCCCCCUCGUGGCCGACCCCGGCGUGCGCCUCCGGAUCAUCCACCUGGUGCGGGACCCGCGCGCCGUCCUCGCGUCGCGCCGCAAGUUGUCGCGCGUCAGCCUCGAGGAGGACGACCGCGCGGUGCUUGGCCGCGCCGACGCCGGCCGCCCGUCGCGCGACGUCGACGUAAUGGAGGCGAUCUGCCGGAGCAACGACGACGUCGCCGCCGCCGCCGAGGGAGAUCGCCGGGAGGGGCGGACACCGGGAGUCAACGGGGGGCUGAGCGAUGCCUACAUGGCGGUGCGCUACGAGGACCUGGUGAGCGAGCCCGCGAGGACGACGCGGGAGAUGUUCCGCUUUGCCGGCAUCGAGCUGCCCGACGCCGUGGCGGCCUGGGUCGAGGUCAUGACGCAUGGGCAGAGAGACGGCGCGGGAGAGUUCGACGUCGUGAGUUUGCAGUCGCCCGCCGUGGCGCGCAAGUGGCGCCGAAGCCUCCCUUUCGAGGAGGCGCGCGCCGUGCAGAGCGCAUGCCGCGCGGCCAUGCGGAGGUUUCGCUACCGCGAGUUCGCGAGCGCGGGCGAACUCCGCAACGCGAGCAUCGACGCCUUCUACAGAUAGACGGCGGUGGGGGAGAUGGGGGUGAUGGAGAGUGAUGGAGGCUCAUGGUGGUAGGAGUGAUGGAGGGUCAUGGUGAUAGGAGAUGGGAUGAUCGAGAGUGAUGGGAGAGAUGGAGGAUGAUGUCGAUUUGUGGUAGUAAGAUAGGGGAGAUGAAUGGAGAGUGAUGGGGAUGGAUGUGAUCAAUCGAGGGUGUGAUGAAGCGAUGGAGGUGAUAGAGCGUGGACGUGAUGGAGAGUGGUCGAUGGGGUGAUGCGAAUGAUGGAGAGUUAUGUGGCAUUCAUUAUUGCUAUCUGCUGCACUGAUUAGAUGCUAUGCGUUCAUGUCCUUAGUGUCCUGAGAUCCACAGGGAGGUCACGGUCUAAGCACCCACUUCUCUCAAUAUAUAUGCGGAAGUAAGAUGUGUGUGUGUGUUCGUGUGUGUUGUUUUAAGUAAUUAUCGUGUUGAUUUGAAGCUUUCGUGACUGCAGGAAUCCAUACUCUUUGGUUCUUUCGGUAAAGUCACGUAGGUAUAAAAUAAAUCACGUUUCGGGCGCAACACAAGCGUCCAUCAUCAGGUGGAAAAGCAUGGUCUGCUGCUGAGGCAGACUGUUUUAAAAAGGUUUGAAAUGGGAGUACCUCAAGGGUUAUAAAGAAGUGGCCGGGGAUAGUGAUGUUAAUGUGAAGGAUUAGCAUGUAACUGUAGAAAAGAAGAAGUGUAGUUCCGUGUUGUUGCUAUUGUGCCGUGUUGUUGUUGUUCCGUGUUGUUGCUGUUGUUCCGUGUUGUUGUUGCUGAUGUUCUGUGUUAUUGUUCCGGUUGUUCCGUGUUGUUGUUGCUGAUGUUAUGUGUUGUUGUUCCGGUUGUUCCGUGUUGUUGCUGUUGUUCCGUGUUGUUGUUGCGGUUGUUCCGUGUUGUUGUUCCGGUUGUUCUGUUAUUGCUGGCGUUCUAUUGUUGCUGUUAUUCGGUGUUGUUCCGUGUUGUUGCUGUGCUUCUGUGUUAUUGUUCCGUGUUGUGGUUGUUCAGUGUUGUUUCUCCAUGUUGUUUGUGUUGGUCCGUGUUGCUGUUCUGUGUUAUUGUUGUUAUGUGUUGUUGUUCCUUGAUGUUGUUGCUAUUGUUCCAUGUUGUUGUUCCGUGUGUUAUUGUUCCGUGAUGUUGUUGUUGCUGUUCCGUGUUGUUGUUGUUCCGUGAUGUUGUCCUUCCGUGUUGUUCCGUGCUGUUGUUGUUCCUGUUGUUCCGUGCUGUUGUCCCAUGUUGUUGUUUUUCUGUGCUGCUGUUGUUUUUCCGUAUUGUUGGUGUUUUCUCGUGUUAUUCUGUGAUGUUGCUGUUCUGUGUUGUUCCGUGUUGUU